AUGGGCUUCUUUGAUGGCUGGAUUGACUGGACCAAGACGACCCGGUCCAGAAACUACAGAGGAUCCGGGUCGUUUGCCACGCUCAUGAUCAUUGGGCCCACCUGUUUCUUCCUCGGCAUCCUCUUCGCCUCCUUCCCCUACGACUUCCCGCUCCUCUGGAGCAAGGAGCCGCUCGCCGCCGAGUUCCUGCCGCAGCUCGAGGCGCACCUCAAGUUCAUGCACGCCGCGCCGCCCCUCAUCCACCGCAUGCUCAACAUCAUGGUCUUCGUCGCCUUCGCCGGCCUGCUCAUCAAGCUGUUCCGCCCGUCCGAGGCCAACUUCCUCUUCGACGGCGCGUCGCUCAUCCUCUACGUCAUCGGCGCCGCGACCUACAUGACCAACAUCGUGCGCGGCCUGCGCGCGCUGACGGACGGCGUCUGGGACCAGCCCGAGUUCGCGUCGACGCGCCGCGGCGAGGCGGACGGCGAGUACAUCCUCGGCAAGGAGGACAGCCUGCGCGUCAUGUCGGCGAGCAACACGAUCCUCGCGCUCGUCCUCAUCGGCGUGCUCGUGCUCCAGGCCGGGCAGUGGUACGCAGAGAAGCGGGACCGCGACGAGGAUGAGAUUGCGGCGGAGAAGAAGGAGGCGGCGGCGGCGGCGGGUCCCGGGUCGCCCAAGUCGCCCAAGAAGUCGAAAAAGAGGGAUUAA